AUGUCAGCCUCAACUGCUGCUACUACCUCCUCUCAUUACUACCAUCAACAAACAUCAUCCGCUUCUUCACAACAUCAACGAGUUGUAAACACAUCAUUGAGUGAACCAGUGCCAUUCCAACAACUUGAAUCGUCAUGCACAGUGAAUCCAAAAAACAAUUUUGGUCAGGAUAAUAAUAAGAAUUGCCACAAAAAGUCCUCUCAUUUCCCUUCAUGCUAUACAAAUCAUCAUCAUCAGCAAACCAUGCCAAUUUCAAAUCAAUUUUCUAACGGUGAAUAUCAUCAUACAAACAUUGAAUGCAAUCAUCAUCACGAGGAAAAACGUUAUCCAUCGGAGACGACAACGACCACCAAUAUUCCCAAUCCUCUCAUCCAUUCCAGUAGCAGCAGUACAAUGACGAGUAAUAAUAACAAUAUCAUCAACUCCAAAAACACCACCCUCUCACAAAAUUCUCUUUCCUUUUUUGAAUUUCUUGAUGAUGAUUCCUCUUCUUCGACGACGUUUUGUCUAUCCUCCUCCUCUUCCUCCUCCGUUUUCAACAACCACAACAAUUCAAUCAACAAUAAUUUCGACACCUUGAACCAAGAGAAUGAUGCAGAGAAUGGAGAUCAUCACCAACGACUGAAAUCAUCACCUCGGAACCCAAGCACACCUCCCACUUCUCGUCCCAAGUCUCUUUCCAUUCUUUCUUUUCCCUCCUCUACCGCCAUGAACACUUCUUCAUCUACGGUCACCAAUUCCACCAAUGCGUCGAAUCCGGUCGGCACUACGACCACCAACACUACGCCUCAAAAAAAUGUCGAUUGGAGAAGAAGCUUGAAGAGGCUUGCGAAUCAUCAUCAUUCCUCGUCGGCAUCCUCGUUGGCCUCUUUCUCCUCUAGAGAACAUACGCCACCACAACAUACACCACCUCAAUCACAACAUUUUCAACAUUAUUCACCUCAUAAUAUUCAUCAAAUGUAUCAAAACUCUUCAAAUGCUGCUGGACAAGGUCCUCCUGUGGUUUCACUUCCUUCAAGUUCAAUAAGGGAGUAUCCAUACCGAGUGAAUAGUGCAACAUCGCCAACAAGUUCAUCUGUUAUUCGAGUUUAUUCACCUCCUGGAGAAGAUGAAGACAGUGUGAGCAAUCAAUCGUCACAGAACAAAACGAAUAGAAGCUCCUUUUCAUCUCUCAAUUCCUCAAUGAUUUUUGAGGAUGACAAUAUUUAUGAUUUUACAAGUAGCAUUGGAGGAAGAUCCAUUCACUUGAUUCAUCUCUUAUUGCAUCCGACAACAAAAGCUCUUUUCAAGGACUAUUGUGAAAAAAUUAGAGUUUUGGAAUUAUUCGAUUGUUUGGAAAGUAUUCGAUUGUAUUAUGUUGCGAUUGAUACUUUUAAAAGCGAGGCACACAAGAAAAAAAUAGAUGAUAUGAGACUUACAUUGAAUUUGAAUAAUAAUUCAAUAUCGGUUGACGAUUUAAUGGUUUCUGGAAUGACUAUAAAUGGUGGUGACACCAAUCGAAAACAAGACACGAAGAAGAAGAGAGUUUCACUUUCUUCUUCAAACUCCAAAACAUUUAAAUCAAAAAGACAAUCUGUUGCCCUUUUAUUCAACAAUAAUAAUUUAUUGGAGGCUUUACAACAAAAGUUAAACGCUGACAUGGGUCUAGAUUCAUAUUCACAAUCACUUUCAGGACUAUUUACAUUGGGAGGAAAUGAGAGAGAUCAAAUUCAUAUUGAGGACAUUUCAAAAGAGAACAGAGAAAUUCUUAAACAGAAAGCUGAAGCAAUAUUUAACGAAUUUCUUUCACCACAAUCAAUUCGAGAAAUUAAUGUCGAUGCUUCUGUACGGUCAUCCAUUCAAACUUCUCUCAAGUCUCUCAAAAAUUGUGAGAAUUGUGAGCAAACAUGCUCUCUUUUUGAAACGACCUUUGAUGAGUUACGAAUCAUCAUUUUACGACAACUUAAAACAGAUGUAUUGUUUAGAUUUGAAAAGUCUGACACCUGGCUUUCUUUCGUUUCAAACCCUGCUCACAAAGACAUUGUCGCUCAAGUGCUGGAUUAUUCAAACUCUGUUUGGGGUUCUAAUAAUUGUCAUAGUGGACUUUGUUACACAAAAUUUACCAAGAAGGAAUUUGUUCGAGACAAUGUCAAUAUUGAAGAUUAUAAUUUCCUCAAACAAGUGAUAUUUUCAUAUCACGGAAGAAAUUGGCAAACUCUAAAACCCACAACAAAAGACUCUCCGUUUUCCAUCUACUACAGCAAGGGUAAAUAUUAUGUGGAUCAGGAAGCGUUAGGGAUCAAAUUUGGAUGCUUUAAAGAAACAGCCAAUCUUCCAUUUAGUGCCGAGGAAGUACUUUCAGCCAUGCAUUCAAAAUUGGUUCAAUCUAUACUGGACGAAUCGUUAAAUGUCGACGCUACUUUAUUUUGUCUGAAAACAAUUCCACACCGAUACAUGGAAGGCAUUCUCCCAGGAAAUGUUACCAAAUUGGCCAUUAAUUUACCAAUUGUCUUAUCCAACCAGAGAUGUUGUUAUCAAGCACUAUCUAUCAUGUAUGACCCAACUACAGAGAGGUAUUAUUCAUUUAGUAAGCCCAUUUUGUUCAAUGAAAAUUAUACCUUCUCAGACAAGGACGUACAAGGUAUCUUAAUCAAUAUGAUGUGUGUUGAGAGAGUGACUGACACUUCUUGUAAAUAUAGCAAUGUCACAAUUUCGAAUUUUGGUGGAAUUUUAAAGAAUAAGGUCUUCAAGAAAGUGCCUCUAAAACGAGCAAAGAAUGUGCAAGCUCUUUUGUUUGAGCAAUUGAAUGAAAAUAGAAAUAAUUUAUUCAAUAAUGUUAGAGAUGGAUAUGAGAUGUGUUUAGAUUUGUUGUCACGAUAUUCUACCUGCUCCAAUAUAGCUAUUCCGCAUUUUCCAAAAAGCUUUGGUGAAUUACAAGAAAAAUUUUGUGGAUACUUUUAA